AUGACAAGACCUGGAAAACCACAUCCAUUUCACCAACCAUUCCCACUUUUGAAAGGAGACUCGACAAUCCUAUGCCCAAAAGGCAUCUCUAUUUUAUUCUUCAUCCACACAGCUCCAUUUGAUUUCAAUCAACGAGAAGCGAUUCGGCAAACCUGGGGGAACAAAGUUUGGCAAGAAAAGUUUGGUUUCAAAACUGUUUUUGUACUUGGCACUAGCAGGUUCCCGGAUGAAAACGAUCAGCAACUUUCUUGGUCUCGCUUUGCUUCUCAAAAUUGCCGUGAUGCUAAAGUUUUCGUUAAAAUUGAUGAUGAUGUUUUCGUGAACAUCUUUUGGUUCUUCAAAGAAAUCAAUGUUAAUGACUUCAACAACACAUUGGUAUGUGGACAUGAAUGUCAGUAUAAUGAUGUCUUGAGAGAUAAGAGGAAUCGAUGGUUUGUGCCAAGGGAAGCCUAUAAACCGACUUUCUGGCCUCGUUUCUGUUCGGGCGGUCUUGUGAUCGAAUCGGCUGACAUCUUGCCGAAACUCGUCGCCGCCGUCGAGGAGCGAGUGUGGUACAUCUCUACGGAUGACACGCUAUUCACAGGAAUCCUACCUGAUGAACUCAAUAUUACAAAAGUUUUGGCUUCUUCCAAGUGUGUUUAUCGCUUCUUCUGGAGU